CCUUCAUCAACCCUCUUCCCUUCCGCAACCAAUCCAACAACUCUUCUACAAACACCGUUACCAACAUAUCGGAAGAAGAACCACAGCUCCGUCUCUCUCUUCUCUGCAACAUAUCGCAGGAUCGAGAUAUCUGCACCAAUCUGCCAAGAACCUUACCAAACACUGUUCACGAAGAUCUCGGACCAAAAGCCACCCCCCGGACACGAGCAAACCUAUACCAUGGCCGACCAGCCGGAGCAUAAGAAGAAGGUCAACCUUCAGGAUGUAUCUGGAGCAGAAGUUAAGAACGAAGAUGACACCGCGACUGCUAUCCUCAAGAAGAAGAAGAAGGUGAACCAGUUGAUGGUCACGGAUGCCGUCAACGAUGACAACUCCAUCAUCGCCCUUUCUGAAAACACCAUGGAGGCACUGCAGCUCUUCCGCGGUGAUACUGUUUUGGUUCGCGGCAAAAAACGCAAGGACACAGUCUUGAUUGUGCUAGCAGACGACGAACUGGAUGACGGUAGCGCCCGUAUCAACCGCGUCGUACGCCACAACCUUCGCGUCAAGCACGGUGACAUGAUCACUAUUCACCCUUGCCCUGACAUUAAAUACGCCAAGCGUAUCGCAGUCCUUCCCAUCGCCGACACAGUUGAGGGAAUCACCGGCUCACUGUUCGACGUCUUCCUCGCCCCCUACUUUCCCGAGGCGUACCGGCCCGUUCGCCAGGGAGAUCUUUUCAUUGUCCGUGGUGGAAUGAGGCAAGUCGAAUUCAAAGUCGUCGAAGUCGAUCCUCCCGAGUACGGCAUUGUAGCUCAGGACACCGUCAUCCACUGUGAAGGCGAUCCAAUCGAGCGCGAUGAGGAGGAGAACAAUCUGAACGAGGUUGGAUAUGACGACAUCGGUGGCUGCAGGAAGCAGAUGGCUCAAAUCCGUGAGAUGGUCGAGCUGCCCCUCCGCCAUCCCCAGCUUUUCAAGUCCAUCGGCAUCAAGCCGCCCCGUGGUGUGCUUCUUUACGGUCCUCCCGGUACAGGCAAGACACUCAUGGCGCGAGCCGUCGCCAACGAGACAGGUGCUUUCUUUUUCCUGAUCAACGGCCCUGAGAUCAUGUCCAAAAUGGCUGGAGAAUCGGAGUCAAACUUACGCAAGGCUUUUGAGGAGGCUGAGAAAAAUUCGCCCGCCAUCAUCUUUAUCGAUGAGAUCGACUCCAUCGCUCCCAAACGUGAGAAGACGAACGGAGAAGUUGAGCGCCGUGUCGUCUCUCAACUUUUGACUCUAAUGGACGGCAUGAAGGCUCGCUCGAACGUUGUAGUCAUGGCCGCCACCAACCGCCCCAACUCUAUCGACCCUGCUCUUCGGCGAUUUGGCCGCUUCGACCGCGAGGUCGAUAUCGGCAUUCCCGAUCCUACUGGUCGCCUUGAGAUCCUUCAGAUCCACACCAAGAACAUGAAGCUUGGUGAUGACGUUGAUCUGGAGCAGAUAGCCUCCGAAACUCACGGCUAUGUCGUUCUCGACUCUCUGGGCGUCACUAUGGAAAACUUUCGCUUCGCACUCGGGGUCUCUAACCCCUCUGCUCUGCGCGAGGUCGCUGUUGUGGAGGUACCCAACGUUCGAUGGGAGGAUAUCGGCGGUCUUGAAAGCGUCAAACAAGAUCUCAAGGAGAGCGUUCAGUACCCUGUGGAUCACCCCGAGAUGUUCCUCAAAUUUGGUCUUUCCCCAUCACGAGGUGUUCUUUUCUACGGUCCCCCUGGUACUGGUAAGACGAUGUUGGCUAAGGCUGUUGCCAACGAGUGCGCUGCCAACUUCAUUUCCGUCAAGGGUCCGGAACUUCUGAGCAUGUGGUUCGGCGAAUCUGAAAGCAAUAUCCGCGAUAUAUUCGACAAAGCUCGCGCUGCUGCCCCUUGCGUUGUUUUCCUCGACGAGCUUGACUCCAUCGCCAAGGCCCGUGGAGGCUCCGUUGGGGAUGCUGGUGGUGCUUCUGAUCGUGUUGUCAACCAACUUCUUACAGAAAUGGAUGGCAUGACUUCAAAGAAGAACGUUUUUGUCAUCGGUGCCACGAACAGGCCUGAGCAGCUUGACCCGGCUCUUUGCCGUCCUGGGCGUCUUGAUUCGCUUAUCUACGUGCCUCUGCCCGAUGAAGAG